CCACACCUCAGACUCUAACGCCGCCGCGCCUGCCUUCCUCUCUUCUCCAUGGACGAUUUGAGUAGCCGCCGCCGCCGGUUUCGCCGGCGCUUGCUGUCGUCGAAAGGCGAGGAAGACUACCUGAGCAAUCUCCCGGACGAGCUUCUCACCCACAUCCUUUCCUUCCUCCCCACCCUCGACUCCAUCCGCACCUCUGUUCUGGCCCGCAGAUGGCGUCACGUCUGGACUUCCGUCCCCGUCAUCGACUUCUCCUACCUCCAGCUAAAAUCCACCAUGAUCAAGCGCUUCUUCGCUUCCCGCGGCGACAAAUCUGCUUCUCGUCUUCGCCUCUCCGGACUCAGCAAUUUUGACCUAGGAAUCAAAUAUAUCUGUCCCUCGUUCAAUUGUGAUUUCGAUUGUGAA